AUGGCGGGUGUUUUGGGCCUGGCGGAUCCAACAGAGAAGGCGGAGCGCUACAAUGCCUUGCUGGACGCCGGCAUCACAGACCCAGAUGUGUUGGCGCAGGCUGCCGGUAUACCUCUGGGGAUUCCGCGACCCACGCCGGGCGACCCUGAGGCAGCUCGAACCCCCCAGGCAGCCCGAACCCCCCAGGCAGCCCGAACCCCCCAGGCAGCCCAAACCCCCCAGGCAGCCCAAACCCCCGAGACACCCAAGUCCAACCCUAUGGCGUCCGGUGGUGGCUUCUUCUAUGAGGAUGACGAUGACUUCCGCAGCCAGGACAUGUCCUUCAGGUUGUCCGAGGAUGGCGAGGCUGAGUCCAUGGACCUCGACGAAAGCUUCGUCCCCAUGGACUUUGACCAACCACAGAGGCCACGAAGACUUAGGGUUCCCAAGGUCUUCCUCGGCACACGCACCCACAAGCAGGUGGAGCAGAUCGUCAAGGAGCUGCGCCGCACCGCCUACAAGGACAUCAACAUGGUGGUGUUGUCAUCACGAGAGCACACCUGCAUCCACCCCAUCGUGAGUGUCUCCAGCAACAAAAAUGAGCGGUGUCAAGAUCUAAACGACCCCCUCCUGGGAGUGUCAUGCAAGUACUAUCAUGGUGUGAGUAAAAUCAAGACAUAUCCAAAUCUGGCUCAGUGUGGAGGGCUACAAGGUGCCUGGGACAUUGAGGACCUAGUACAGGUGGGACACAAGGUCCAGGCAUGUCCAUACUACACUGCCCGAGCUCUCCUGGCAACUGCUGACCUUGUCAUCUGCCCUUACAAUUAUCUUGUGGAACCCAGCAUCAGAGAAAGUAUGGAUAUUAGUCUUAAAAACCACGUCCUGGUUUUGGAUGAGGCACACAACAUUGAGGACUCCUCCCGAGAGGGUGCGUCCUGCACUAUUACCCAAGAGGAGCUUACAGAGGCAACACUCCACAUAGAGCAACGGAAAGGAAAGAAGGAAGCUCGUCAGAAAUUGGCCAGCAUGCUGUCUGUCCUUAGUGGCUGGAUGGAUGAAAACAGCACGAACCUCAACAGCUACACUGAGUACGGACGCUCGGGGAAGAUCUUCACUGGAACAGAAAUCAUUGCUCAUUUUGACAACCUGGGCAUUGGAAGGGACAGCUACAAAGAUCUGCAGAAAUGCUACCAGUUGCUGGAAGACAUUGAUCCAGAAAAUGAGGAAGUGCGCCUUCAUCCUAUUGCCAAAAAAGUUCUUGGAAGCUUUUUCCUCGUAUAUCAUUUUCUCUUGAAGGAUUCCAUGAAGUAUGUAGAUGACUACCGUGUUGCUUUGAUCAAGCAACAAGUAAUGAAGAAAUCUGGUAAUAAGAUAGAUGGGUGGAUCAGUGGAAGGUCUGGCAUCAGGACAGAGUACUCCAUCAACUUUUGGUGUCUCAACCCAGCAGUGGCAUUCAGUCCCAUCAGCCUUCAGACCCACAGCAUCAUUUUAACAUCAGGAACACUUUCUCCCAUGACCUCCUUCCAGUCAGAACUUGGAGUGUCCUUUAAGAUUCAGCUUGAAGCAAAUCAUGUUAUUGACCAUAAUCAGAUUUUUGUUGGAACUGUUGGUCACGGUCCUGGAGGAAAGCCUUUGUGUUCCACCUACCAGCAGGCAGACACCUGGGAAUUUCAAGAUGAACUUGGUGCGUUGAUCCUAAAUGUGUGCCGCACAGUACCAGGGGGUAUUUUGUGCUUCCUCCCCUCUUACUCCAUGCUCAACAAAUUAUGCGAACGAUGGCAAAGUACUGGUGUGUGGGAUGAAAUUAGCAAUGUGAAGGAAGCGAUGACAGAGCAGAAGAAGGGCAGUGACUUUCAGAAAGAUUUGCUCCAUUUCUAUUCCACCAUUAAAAAUGCACAGAUGGAGGCAGCUGGUGGCAUCAAUGGUGUUUUCCUCAUGGCUGUUCACCGAGGGAAGGUCAGCGAAGGAUUAGAUUUUUCUGACAACAAUGCUCGAGCUGUUAUCGCUGUUGGAAUUCCCUUCCCUAACAUCAAGGACAUCCAAGUUGAUUUGAAGAAGAAGUACAACAAUUACCACUGUCGAUCUCGAAAGCUUCUGUCAGGAAGUGAAUGGUAUGAGAUCCAGGCCUAUAGGGCAAUUAACCAGGCCUUAGGAAGGUGCAUUCGCCAUCGCUAUGAUUGGGGAGCACUAAUUUUGGUUGACAAGCGCUUCCAAACUGAAAGUUUAGCGAGUGGUAAGCAAGAGAAUCGUUACACUCGUGGACUUUCUAAGUGGAUCAGAACCAAAGUUGUUCAUCACAGAAAUUUCUCAGGAACUAUCAACCACCUUCAAGGGUUUGUUAAAAACAUGUUGGCAAACCCUCCAUCACCACCAAAAAGCAGUGGUGUGUUGCUGGUUGCUCCACAUGAAUCUACAAAGGAAAAGAAUGGCCAUCACUCUCUUCCACAUGUAAGCAGCAGCAGUUCCCUGGAGGCCAAUGAACCUGCACAAGCUUCCAGCACUGGUGAAAAUUGUACCUCUAAACCUGUCCAGAGUACCAGCACUGAUGAAAGUUGUACCUCCAACCCUUUCCCGAGUAUAAGUACCGGUGAAAGUUGUACCUCUAACCCUUUCCCGAGUAUCAGUACCGGUGAAGGUUGUACCUCUAACCCUUUCCCAAGUAUCAGUACUGGUGAAACUUCAAAAGAAAAUACUUUUGUUAGUCACAAGGAAUGUAAUGCCACAGUGGAAGAGUCACCCCACCCAGAGAAGGCUGGGCCAAGGUGUGGGAGUGCUACUUGUGGAUCUGACAAGGAAAAUAAAGAUUUACCAGUUCAAGCUGAAAAAAGACUACACACAAUCAUAGAUGAACAGGACCUGGAUGACUUCAAUCUUACCCUUAGUCCCGUCCCUUGGGCAAGAAAGCCUUCCCCUCCCCUGAGGAAGAGAGUUAGGAAGAAGCAGCAGAUUGUGUAUGAGUUUGAGUGAAUGGUCAUGGAAGUUAGGUAAAAAAAAAUCUUUUAUUAGUAAGUUUGCUACCAAAAUUAUUUUAAUAAAAGCUUUUAUGAAUCUCAACUAGAAAAAAAUAUGAUUUAUAUUUAUUUAAUUUUAAUUAUUUUAAAACAAAAUUAGAAUUGAAGUCGUAGCAUAGUAAGGAGUGACGCUUGUGGGACAAACCUGCUUGUGUUUUUCAAUUUGACAUUUCUUUCUUUCAAUUUGACAUUUGUUUCUUUCAGUUUGAUGUUUAUUUCUUUCAAUUUGACAUUUAUUUAUUUCAAUUUGAUGUUUAUUUCUUUCAAUUUGGCAUUUAUUUUCAUGUUGUGAGACAUUUAAUAGUGAUAAUAUAUGUAAGUUUCUUUAUAAUUCUGGUAGCUAGUUUUUAUAUAAAAAAAAAUGUUUUAAAGAUGUACAGUCUGGUAAUGCAA